AUGAGCUUUCAGCAUUUUCGCCUGGGAGAACUUCCCCUGCACCAGCAACAACAAACCACUCCUUCUUCCACUUUUCCCAGCAAUCCUCACAAAUCAGUCUCUUCUUCCUCAUCAAAGCAACCUUAUGGGUCAGGAGACUCGGACGACGGCUACACCCUCGUCUUUCCCAAUCUCGAUGAGUUUCAGGCUUGGCGUGCUAAUGAGGAGGAGCGGCAAAUGGUCGAGUUCGUCAAGGGCGAUACUCAUGGAAGCAAGGCCGUCCCACCGCGUUUCAAGGACCACACUAAGCUAGUCUGUGCGAGACAUUCACGAAGUGGCAGAAAGAAGUAUGUCAAGAAACAUCCAGAGAGAGUUCGAAAGGUUCCCAGUCGCAAGCUCGAAGGUCAAGGUUGUCCAGCAUCUAUAAGCUACAAGACUUACUUCGACACGGAGGAAGUGCGCGCUUGUUAUUGGUGUCGCAAAUUUGCCUUACACGCGACGCGGCCGCAAGGCUGCUGUCCAAUCAGAGAAAGAACGUGGCCGCAAAAGCAUGAGCGCUCCAGAGGGCGGCAGUGUAAUAUCGCCUCUACGAGUGCCAGCGCAUCUGUCGCACCUUCAAACACCCAACCUAAUAAUACAUUCGUGUCUGCGGUAUCCAUGCUAGCUCCUCUCCCCGUCCAGCCCUCAUAUCCAACUUCGCACCCCCAGCCAUACGGCUACCAAGUUCAGCAUCAGCAACAACAACCGCAACAACACCAAUACGCCCCCCUCGCAGGACACCAAAGCAUAUCACAUGAGCGAUGGGAAAAUAUGGCGACACUCUUCCACACAAUACGCGAUCAUGCUAGAGCGUUUGAAUAUCCUACUGCCAGCGUUGCGGCACUAGAAACGGUGCUCAUAAGGCUAUACUUAGAGAGCCCGAUGGGAGUGGGAGUUGGAAUGGGGGUACAGCCGAACCUAGGGGUUAUUUUACAGCAUGGAAUGGGACAGCAGCGGCCGGCUACACAAGCCAACAGCGAUGUCAACGGUGUUCCUGUUAAUGAGGAGCCAUGA